AUGUCUUCCUUUUCUUUUUCAUCUCUCUUUGUGUUUCGUUCCUUACUUUGCUUUUUCGUUUCUUUUCUUUUUGUUCUUUCCUUCCUUGCAUCCUCCUGUCAACAACUCCCAUUUUCUUUCACCCACCUUCCUCCGUACCCGCCUUUCUUUCUUUCUUUCUUUCUUUCUUUCUUUCUUUCUUUCUUUCUUUCUUUCUUUCUUUCUUUGUCUUCCUACUUUCUCUUCCCUUCUUUCCUCCUUUCUUUCUCAUUUUCCAUUCGUGUUUAUCACUUCCUCCCUUAUUUGUAUCAAUUUUAUUUUUUCCCUCCCUCCGUUCAUUUUAUUCUCUCUCUCUUCUUCCUUCCUCCAUCAGUUCUACUCGCUUUCUUCCUUCUUCCUAUUUCCUUCUUUCUUUCCAUCCCUCUUUUCUUCUACAUUUUCUUUUUUGUUUCUUUUCUUUACAUCCAUAAAUCUUUCUUCUUUUCUUUCAAACUUCUUCCUCUUUCCUUCCUCCUCUUCAUCCAUUUUACUUCUUGUUCCUUCCUUCCUUCCGUUUUGUCACUUCCUUCCUUGCACUCUUCUGUCAACAACUUUCAUUUCUUUCUUCCUUUCUUUCUUGCCUUUCUUUCUUCCUUCUCUUCAUCUAUUCUACUCUCUUCUUUCUUUCUUUCUUUCUUUUUUCUUUCUUUCUUUUCUUUGUGUCGUUUCAUUCUUCGUAGGCUUCUUUCAACAACUUUCAUUUUCUUUCUACCUCCUUGCCCCUCUUUCUUCCUUCCCUCCAUCUAUUUUAUUCUCUCUCUCCCCCUCUCUCUCCGUCUUCCGUUCCUUUCUUCCUUCCCCCAUUCAUUUUACUCUCUAUCCUCCUCUUUUGUCUGUGCUUUCCUUUUUUCCUCCCAUUCAUUUAUUUCACUCUCUCUUCCUCUUUUCUCCUUGUCUUCCUUUCUUCCUUCUCCUCUAUUCUUCUACUCGCUUUCUUCCUUCUUCCUAUUUCCUUCCUUCUUUCCAUUCUUUUUUUCUACACAUUUUUCUUUUCUUUUUAUUCAUAAAUCUUUCUUCCUUUCUUUCAUCUAUCUUCCUUUUUCCUUCCGCCUCUUCAUUCAUUUUACUCCCCGUCUUCAUCUUACUUUCUUUCUUUUUCUUUCUUUCUUUCUUUCUUUCUUUCUUUCUUUCCCCUUCCUUUUCUUUGUGUUGAUCGAUUCCUUGCAUGCUUCUUUCAACAACUUUCAUUUUCUUUUUUCCUCCUUGGCUUUCUUUCUUCCUUCUCUCCAUCCAUUUUACACCCUUCCUUCCUUCUGUCCUUCCUUCCUUUCCUUUCCUAUUCUUUUUAGUCUCUUUUCUUUUCAUCCAUAA